AGGUUGUGCUCGGUGUUCUAAAAUUGAUAAACUUUCCGACAGCACUUGAAUGCAGCGUACGUUAGCUAGCAGGCUAGCUUAGCAUUUUGCUAGCAUAAAAAAAAUCCGCGAUGCCUCCCAGUCCUAUGCAGCUACACGACACUGUUCGUUUAACUGUUCUGCUUCAUGGAUAAAGAAGUGAUGAGCCCGUCUUGACACAUUACUUCGCGAAUUUGACAUAUUGACAAAUGGACGUCAAUGAGUAUGUUUUAUCAGCGGGCAGAUCCGUGCUGGACAUGGUGGAGCGGGAGUGGCAGCCCCUGUCUCCUGGCGAGCUGGAGCAGCGACUGGACCAGGCGGUGGAAGAGAUCCUGGAGGCUGACCUGAUGGCCAACCUUAAAACUCCGCCGCCGCCGCCUCCUCUUCCUCCUAUAUGCGUACAGUUACUGCAGAACCAAGCUAAUGUGCAUCCCCAGGUUUUACAGAUGACAACAUCCAGCAGUUCCCCGGAGGAUGAGGUACCAGAGCCCCGAGAACUGUUGGACACUGUGGACGGAGCUGCAGUCAAGCACAUCACAGACCUGCUACAAAGCACCAAUUCCAGGGCCCGACUGGCCGGACGGGCUCGUUUGUCUUUGUCCCACACUGUCCUGCUGUCCCUCACUCUGCUCUGCGAGCGCGUCAGCUACCGAUCUGUGUCCCGCCGUUUCCACCUGGAGAAAGGAAACAUCCACAGGAUCUUCUUUUCUUUCUGUGAGCGCAUCAACACGCUGGAAGAGAGGCAAAUCAGAUGGCCAGUUGGCAAAGAAGCUGUAGAGGCCCUUUUCCCGCUUUGCAGUCCAGAGAAGGAGCAUGAAGAGCAGCCAGGUGUCCCUUGGGUUCUGGGAGUGUUGGGACACACCCGCAUCCCUAUCCGCCUGCCUAUAGGGAAACAUGAUGUAGAGAGCACAGUGCCUGAGGUGAAGAGGAUAAAGAAGGAGGCCCAUCCUGACUCCUGGCUAAACCUUCAGCUCACAUGCGACCGUAAAGGCCGGUUCCUGCACUGCAGAAUCAGUAAAGGAUCAGACAUGGACAGAGGCGUCGCUCUGAGUAACAAACUUAAACAGCAUCCUGAACUGAUGCCCUCUAGCUCCUGCCUCGUGGCCAGAGCCGGCUACCCACUCACUGCUCAUAUUUUAACUCCAUACUCAGAAAUUCACGGGCCGAGAGAGGAGCUUUUCAACAAGACGCUGGAGGAGCAUUUUCACAUGCUGGAUCAGGCUGUUGCCAACCUGAGAGCCCGAUUUCAAAGGCUCAGGUAUCUGGAUAUUGGAAACUAUGAUCGAGCCAGAGCUGUUGUGCUGACCGCCUGUGUGUUGCACAAUAUGUUUUUGGACAUUGGACAAGUGGUACAAGGAGAAGUUGAGAAAGAGGAAGCCAUAAUCCAAGAGGGAGAGACGGACGUAGAUGACGAGGGUGUGCACAGACGGAACGCCAUCUCAGAUUUGUUGUUUAAAAACUUUGAUUCCGGAAGCACAUGAUGUGAUGAUGUGUGGUGGGAAACUUGGGUUCCUUGAUGUAAAUGUAUAAUUUUGUAAUAUAAAGGUUUAUUUAAACAGAAUCUAUACUGUCUGCACACAUAACUCGACUAUUAGAAAACAGGGAUAUCUUUCCUGUUUAGUUUACACUGGGUGUAACAGUUGUCCACUGUAAAUCUUGAUAAUCCAUAAUUAUUACUGUGUAAAUUGGAGAUAUAUAUUGAAGGAUAUUGGACAAAGAGGUUACAUUUUUCCAGAACAGUUUCACCCCCAUUCUACAAAUGAAAAAAAGGAAAGUGUAAUCACACAAAAUACUCUUCGACUGCAGAUGUAUGUAAAUACCAGUGUGUUUCUAGUGUUCCUCUUCAUCAGAGUGAAAGUACAUUUAACAGCCAAUAAAAUAUCUCUAAUGUAGCAAAAUAAGCAUAGGGGUAAGGAAACCAACUAAUAUCCACUGAAGUGUCUUAACUUAUGACUAGUUUUUCCAGGCUCCCAAAGGGGCCUGGAAAAACGCGGGGGCGCCCAAAGGAACACAUGACAAAUAGCCAAAAAAUAAGAAAAUGCGAGGGCAAUAAAUAGUGUAUUUCUUUCUAAAUCCACUUCAUUGCUUAUUUUAUUUUGAAAGUGGUGGCCGGAAGUGAGUGUAUGAUAAUAGUUGACGCUGGUGUGAACAUUUCCAUGUUAGACUUUAAAACUGUGUUGAUACAGUGAUCGGCAGCUAUGAUGUUACUGUCGUUAUCUGUAAUAGUCACACGGGGUUGCGUAUUGAUAUACUGUAUUAAUAUUGACUAUAGAUAUUAAAACCGAGAUAAAAAUGUAAUGCUGCAGUUCCUCACUGUGGCCACUGGGGGGCAGUGGCGUUUUAAUGAUUCGCCAGUCUUCUGCGGCAAGACCAUAGACUGUUAAUAUUCAUAAUGUACAGUCUAUGGGCAAGACAGAAUACCAUAAAAUAUUCGAUAAAAAUUUCACAAUAAACCGCCUAGGGGCAGACACAACUUUUACAAAUGUAUUUAUUACAUGGUAUAGUUGUUAAUACUGUAAGUGUAUAUUAUUGAUACAUUAACAUUAACUAGCUUUUCUUUGAAUUUGGUUAUUUUUUUUACCUCUUAGGAUUAAUUAUCAGUAAAAGUAUCUGUUUUCAUUUCCCUGAAAAAUGUGAAUGUUUUAUUCCAACUGUGACUUCCCUUUAACAAUAAUCAUGUUGUGAUCAUUUCAGGGUUUUUUCGUUUUUACUUUUACGGCCAGCAUCAAUUUUUUAUUAUAAAUAACUAGUGCGGUGAUGGUAGGAUGCUUGUAUUAAGCUAUUAGUUGUGAGUAAUAUUUUAGCUUUUUCUUACUCUGCAUCAAACAAUCAGUCAGUAACUCAUUCUUCUCUUUUGUUAUAAAAAUAAGUGGGUGAUUGAAAUGAUUACAUCCAUUAGAUUAGGGCAUCAACAGAAAAGGCCAAAUUUGAGGAGGCAUGUAAUCUGCAUGCAGAAUAAACUCAAAUUGCCCGGCCA